AUGUCUUCAAUCCCAGGCAGUACGCGUUUGCCUGUCGGUAAUAAGGACUUUACAAAUGCCACAGUAGUCAUUAUAGGUGCCGGCAUUUCGGGGAUGUGUAUGGCCAUUGACCUCAUCAAGCGAAACAAAUGUUACAACUUUGUGAUUCUGGAGAAGAGCAGUAGUGCAUAUCUCGUUAGCAUAGCCGAGAAGUACGGUCUCUACAAGCACAUCCGAUUCAACUCUACAGUCGAAGAAGCGCGCUGGGAUGACGAAGAGUCGAAAUGGAAAGUCUCUGUUCAAGUCUCUGGGCACAAAGAUAGCGAGUUCGCCAACUCCUAUGUCAUCAACUCGGAGUUCUUGAUCUCCGCGGUCGGCCAGCUGAAUCUUCCGCGCGAGCCCGAUAUCCCCGGAUUAAAGGAAUUCCAGGGCAAGAUGAUGCAUUCUGCCCGAUGGGACUGGAGUUAUAAUUUGAAAGGGAAACGAAUCGCGAUUAUUGGCAACGGUGCAACGGCCGCCCAAAUAAUCCCCGAAAUCGCAAAGGAAGCAUCUCAUCUCACGGUGUUCCAGCGGACUCCGAAUUGGGUGAUUCCUCGUGGUGAUGCCCCAGUCUCGGCGUUUCAACAAGCCUUAUUAACAUACCUUCCACCGCUUCGCUGGCGCAAGCGAGCUUUACAAAUGGAUUUCAGAGAAGGAUUCCAUGACGCGAUCUUCGACGGUGAAUCAGAUUUUGCUCAGGUAAUCCGCGAUUGGUGCAGUGGUUUGAUGAAAACGCAACUAGCCGACCAGCCUGAGCUGUGGGAGACUCUGACACCGACUUAUUCACCGGGAUGUAAGAGAGUAAUCAUCACCGAUGACUAUUAUCCAACGCUGGCUCGAGACAAUGUAAAUCUGGAAACUCGACCUAUAACCAGAAUUACGGGAAAGGGCAUCGAAAUCGAGGGGGCUGGCGAGCAGGAAUAUGACCUUAUCGUGCUUGCGACCGGAUUCAAGACUGUCGACUUCAUGUACCCCAUCCAGGUCUAUGGUUCUGGAGGUCGCACUUUAGGCGAUAUCUGGAACGGUGGUGCGAAGGCCUACUAUGGCAUGACUGUUGAAGAUUUGCCCAAUUUUGGCAUGUUUUACGGCCCUAAUACAAAUCUUGGUGAGUAG